AUCAGUACGAAAUGCCCACCCCUCUGUCUCUUCCUCCUGUCCCUCCGUCGGAUCUAGCUGUCGUACACGUUGACGCACUUACCGCCGCACUUCUCAAGCUCGGCAUCACUAACGUGUCUGCAACUACCCUCCUCGACACCGCCAAACAGGAAAGCGCGUCUAAGCAGAAACCUCACACAACCGCCGAAAGGCGCAAAGCGCUUGUGAAACUACGUUUACCCUUGUACAAGUGGCGUCCCGGCCGGACGACAGCACUCUUGGCUCGAACACCCAAGCAAGCCGGUAUCGUCAGACCCGAAAUCAAGAAAGACGGCGCCGCCUGCGUGCUCUCGCACAAGAGACCUUUCCCGAUGGUAAAAUGCCCGAUCUACACUUCUGUCUGGAUCAACGAAUACGGUGGCGCGGAUAGGGAUCUGCCUUUCGUUCAUGCAACUAUCGUUGUCACUCCGCUUGACGACAAUUCGGAUCAUCCUCCAGAGCAGAGCAUCUUGCAUACUCAGCAGCCAACUAGAGCCGCAUAUUCGAGGUGGUCAAACAUCGGGACAGGCAAUUAUGUCAAUCAAGUACUUUUGAACCGUGUUCAGUAUACGAUACAGCCGUACCGACUUGAUCCGCAGCUCAAGGCAAUACAACAACUUACUCUUUAUUUAAAACUUGGACAAUUUGCCCGUACGUCGUUCGAGACGGCAAGGUCAAUCCCGACGUGCGCAACUUGCAUUGCGUUGAGUCAAUUGCAGAUGCCAGAGUCGAUCAUCUACAACGCCAUCGCGAGCGUGUUGACAGGAUCGGCGUCCUAUGCUCAGUCGGCGGCAAGUGCGAUUAACGUCUUCUUCCUCGAUGCUCAGAGUGGCAUGCAUCCGAGAAUCUCGUACGAACAGGUAAUUCGAGGUCCUCAGAAGCAAACUGGACAAUACCUUGAACGGCGAAAAGAUGCUCGGGUGGCGCACCUCAGAGUACUCUCUCGUCCUCCAGCAGAAGUCUCGGAUCGCCAAAAUGGUCCGCCGAUGGACGACUCGAAGCCGAAUGAUCUGUCUUUCUCUCGAUUGUAUCGCGUCGAUUGGACGAACAGCUCAUUCGGCGAGAUCUCCUCUUCUCCGACAUCCAACGCCUCUCCUCGGUUCGUCUGGCAUUCGCCCUGUCUGCGAGUUUUGUCAUUAAACACGAAUAACCUCUUCAUCCCGUACGGAAACGACAUGAUCGGAAGACAACAGGGAAGAGAGCCCCAUCGGAUGCUCGUCGACCUUCCGCGGUUGCACACUUUGCGGCUGCGUACGUGCGAUGGGCUGGAUGAUCCGGACGAGGCGUGGUUCACGGUGCAGCUCCCCUCUCUCCAGCGCAUCCUCUCUACGCUCUGCACGGAGGCUUCUGUGCCGUAUGGACCACAUAUCACGACGCUGGAAUUGGGUCGUCGAAACUCACGGUUCCUGCUUAUCGACGCCAUCUCCAUCGCGCUCGGCUACUGUCCUAACGUCGAGACGCUCUUUCCCAUAUUAAGCACCAUGCCGCCCGUGAAGAACCCGGAAGACCGACCCCGCGCAGAGUGGGUCCGCUAUCGCGUGAAACACAUCGUUCUGAACGCAAGCGUGGCAGAGGAUUGUGAUUACCAAGUCGGCCGGACGUGGAUGUGGCUAGGCGAUUUCGUAGAUGCACUGUUUGGCGAACGUACACGUCUCACGGCGUUGGAGCGCAUCACGCUUCAAGGACUGGAAUAG